AUGACUACGGUCCCAAUUGCGGGCGGUGGAGAACCAGCCAUGGAUGUGAACUGCGAGGAGUUGGAGAAAGUACUUGUCGGAUCUGACCCUGAGAGGUUUUUUCAAAUUGGCUCGGAAUUGUCGCCCCAAGAGAAAUCAGCACUAACUGCCUUCCUCCGACAGAAUCCAGACGUGUUUGCCUGGGACCCCUAUGAGGCCCCCGGGGUAGACCCCGAUUUCAUCUGCCACCGCCUAAAUGUGAGCUCGGCCAUUACCCCUAAGAGGGGCAUCGAGGCUAACCCUGACCAAAUAAGAGCCAUCCGUAACUUGCAGCCUCCUCGGAACCCAAAGGAGGUCCAGAAGCUUAUUGGUAUGAUAGCAGCUUUAAACCGUUUCAUCUCGCGCUCAGCAGAUAGAUGCAGGCCAUUUUUUCUCCUAUUGCACAAAUGGAAAGGGUUUGAAUGGGAUGAGGAAUGCGCUACUGCUUUCCAACAGCUAAAGGAAUACCUCACCCAGCCACCAAUUAUGUCCAGUCCCGAGGCCGACGAGGUUUUGUUUGCCUACAUAGCAGUGGCUCCACAUGCAGUAAGCUUGGUGCUGAUCCGAGAAGACAACGGUACACAGCGACCAGUCUAUUACGUUAGCAAGUCGCUGCAGGAGGCAGAAACUCGUUACCUCCCCCUCGAGAAGGCUACCCUGGCCAUCGUGCAGGCCACGAGGAAACUGCCCCACUAUUUUCAAGCACACACGGUUGUGGUGUUAACUCAACUCCCCUUAAAAUCCAUCCUACGCAGUGCCGAUUACACAAGUAGAAUUGCAAAAUGGGGAACUAUUUUGGGCGCUUUUGACAUUAAAUACAUGCCUCGCACCGCUAUAAAGGGCCAGGUCCUCGCGGACCUGGUGGCAGAGUUUGCGGAGCCCGCAUCAGAGGGAAAGGAAGUGUCGGACUUACUGGGGGCUGAUGAGAAGAUGAUCAACACGGUCUCCCAGCAUGAAAACACCUGGUGGAAAGCGCACGUCGAUGGCGCAGUAAACCAGAGGGGCUCGGGGUUAGGACUUGUCCUGCUCUCACCUGAAGGGAUAACCAUAGAGAAGUCAUUGAGACUCGAUUUUUCAGCCACGAAUAACGAAGCCGAAUACGAAGCACUACUGGAAGGAAUGGGAAUGAUCCGGAAGUUAGGGGGAAAAUCUGUAGACAUGUUCUCGAAUUCAAGACUUAUUGUGGGACAGAUAAAUGGGGACAUGGAGGCAAAGGACGAAAGAAUGCAGGAAUAUCUAGUUCGGGUUAAGCACCUACAGUCCCAAUUUCAUCACUUCUGCCUGACGCACGUACCCAGAAGUGGGAACACUCAUGCGGACUCUCUUGCGACAUUGGCUACCUCCUCGGCCAAACCCCUACCCCGAGUCAUUUUGGUAGAAGAGGUCCUCCGUCCAUCAACUGAAAGGGCCAAUGGGAUUGGAAUACAUAACGUUAGGGCAGGACUGAGCUGGAUGGACCCCAUCAUUCUAUACUUGAAGCACGACACCUUGCCAGACGACAAGGUUGAGGCUGGCAAAAUCAGGAGAAAGGCUACCCGAUUCUGGUUAUCGGAGGACUCCAAGCUUUACAGACGCUCAUUUUCAGGGCCGUACUUGCUAUGCGUGCACCCAGAGGCUGCGGAACUCAUCCUGGAGGAGUUACAUGAAGGAAUUUGUGGAAGUCACACGGAGGGCAGGUCUUUGUCUCACAGAGCCUUAACGCAGGGUUAUUGGUGGCCGAGCAUGAAAAAGGAAGUCGUGGAUUACGUGAAGAGGUGUGACCAAUGCCAGAGAUUCGCUCCGAGCAUACACCAGCCUGGGGGAGAGCUAAACCCGAUGUCCAGUCCCUGGCCGUUUGCACAAUGGGGCCUAGAUAUACUCGGUCCAUUCCCCAAGGCAACAGGGAACAGGAGAUUUCUUCUCGUCAGCACCGACUACUUCACCAAAUGGGUAGAGGCGGAGGCGCUGGCAAAUAUUCGGGACGUUGAUGUCAAGAAGUUUCUCUGGAAAAAUAUAGUCACCAGAUUUGGCACCCUGCACACCCUGGUGUCGGACAACGGGCUCCAGUUUGAUAGCAAAGCCUUCAGAAGGUACUGCAGCAAGCUGGGAAUUGUUAAUCGGUAUUCCACGCCAGCUUACCCCCAGAGUAAUGGCCAAGCAGAAGCCGUCAACAAGACCAUAUUGAAUGGACUGAAAAAGAGACUAGAUGACUCAAAAGGAAUAUGGGUAGAAGAGCUAGCCCAUGUCUUAUGGACAUACCGCACCACGCCUUGUAGGUCCACAGGUGAGACCCCUUUUUCACUGACCUACGGGGCCGAGGCCGUCAUUCCGCUGGAGGUGAACUUCCCAACCCAGAGGACCUCCACCUUUUGUCCCUCCACCAAUGACAAACUUCUAGAAAAGAGCCUGGACCUCAUCGACGAAAGAAGGGAAGGCGCGAUGGUCCACCUAGCUAAUUAUCAGCAGAAGCUCAAGCAAGGCUACGACGCCAAGGUGAAGCCCAGGCCCUUGGUGCCCGGAAAUCUGGUGCUGAGGAAAGUCUUCGGCAAUGCGAGGAACCCCACAUGGGGGAAGCUCGGACCAAAUUGGGAGGGACCGUACCGCAUCACUUCAGUAGCAAGCGUAGGAGCCUACUAUUUAAAAGACUUGGAUGAACGUGUAGUCCCACGCCCUUGGAAUUUGUCAACAGUUAGCGACAGAACAGACAUCCAUUCAUAA